CUAAAUAAAUUCGAAAAUAUAAAAAAUGGAGGCCGAGGAGGAAGCGCAGAGGGCCACCGGUCUCUGCACCCGCGGGCAGGGAGAUGAGGAGGGGCGCCGGCGGAGGAGGCCCGGGCUUGGGCGCAGCUGGGGGGCGGCGGUUGUCGGUGCUGAACGUGGCGGAGAAGCCGUCCGUUGCGAGGUCGGUGGCGUCGAUCCUAUCCGGAAGCGGCAACCCGCCGUCUCGGGAAGGGAGGUCGCGCUACAACAGGGUGUUCGAGUUCGAGUACAACAUAAGAGGACAGCCAUGCCUGAUGCUCAUGACCUCCGUCACGGGCCAUCUGAUGGAGCUUGACUUCGACCAGCGCUACCGCAAGUGGCACUCCUGCGAUCCCUCCGACCUCUUCUCCGCUCCCGUACAAAAGUUCGUCCCCGAGGACAAGUUAGACAUCAAGAGAACCUUGGAAGAGGAAGCUAGGAAAUGUCAGUGGCUUGUACUCUGGCUGGAUUGUGAUAGAGAGGGGGAGAAUAUCGCAUAUGAAGUCAUUGAGGUCUGCACAGCCGUGAAUCCACACUUAAACAUAUUGAGAGCACACUUCUCUGCUUUAAUUAAUAGGGAAAUACACGAAGCUGCACAGAAUCUUGACAGACCAAAUCCACUGUUUGCAGAUGCUGUAGAUGUUCGGCAGGAAAUUGAUUUGCGAAUUGGAGCAUCAUUCACUAGGUUUCAGACCUUGCUUUUGGGGAAUGCUUUCAAUCUUGAUUUUGCUGGAGAAAAUAGAAACAUUAUUUUGAGUUAUGGUCCAUGCCAGUUUCCAACGCUUGGAUUUGUGGUUGAAAGAUUUUGGGAAAUACAGUCGCAUGAGCCAGAGGAGUUUUGGGCAAUUAACUGUUCUCAUGACUCUGAGGAUGGAAGUGCCUCUUUCACUUGGAUACGUGGUCACUUGUUUGACUAUUCUAGUGCUCUGAUAAUUUAUGAGAUGUGUGUUGAAGAACCAACUGCUACGGUUAAAAAGGUUAAUCAUCAGGAGAAACGAAAAUAUCCACCUUACCCUUUGAGUACGGUUGAGCUACAAAGACGUGCAUCUCAGUAUUUCCGGAUGAGCUCAGAGCAUACAAUGAAGGUAGCAGAGGACCUCUAUCAGGCUGGAUUCAUCAGCUAUCCUCGAACUGAGACUGAUAGCUUCUCUGUUAACACAAAUUUGCAUGCAAUUGUGCAGGAACAGCAAGGUCAUCCUUCUUGGGGUUUAUAUGCGCAACGUCUUUUGGAUCCAGAGUCUGGUCUUUGGAGAAACCCUAGUAAUGGCGGUCAUGAUGACAAGGCACACCCACCCAUUCAUCCAACAAAAUUUUCAGCUGGAGAAGCCAGUUGGAGUCAAGAUCAUAAUAGAUUAUAUGAGCUUGUUGUUCGCCACUUUCUUGCAUGUGUUUCACAACCUGCUGUCGGUGCUGGAACAACAGUUGAAAUUGACAUUGCUGGUGAGUCGUUUACAGCAAGUGGACUGAUGAUACUUGCGAAAAAUUACCUUGAUGUCUACAGAUUUGAGUCUUGGGGUGGUUCAACAAUUCCAAUGUAUCAACUUGGUCAGCAGUUCCUGCCAACCACGUUGACCCUUGAUUCUAGCGUUACAAGACCUCCACCUCUUUUGAGUGAGUCUGAUCUGCUAGGCUGUAUGGAUAAGGCAGGUAUUGGGACAGAUGCUACAAUGCAUGAUCAUAUCAAAAAGCUUCUUGAUAGGUUUUAUGCUGUCAAAGAUUCAAAUACUCGCUUCUCACCCACAAAUUUGGGGGAGGCAUUGGUGAUGGGAUAUGAUGAAAUGGGAUAUGAGUUGUGGAAGCCAUAUUUAAGGUCUGCAAUGGAGAGUGACAUGAAAUCUGUUAGUGUGGGCACAAAGAGAAAAGCAGAAGUUCUUGAGAGUUGCUUGCAGCAGAUGAAAGCUUGCUUCUUGGACGCAAGGGUUCAAAAAGGAAAACUUAUGGGGGCAAUGGAGAUUUUCUUCGAAAGAUCCAACAGGAAUGACACUGAUGAUAAUCAUGGGCAGACAGUGCGUUCUUGUACAGUAUGCCAAGAGUCAGAGAUGGUGUUGAGAAGAAAACCUGAUGGAAAUUACAUGGUCGGAUGCCUGCGCUUCCCACUUUGCAGGAACGUUGUUUGGCUUCCAGGAGCCAUUGCUGAAGCACAUGUUAGUGAAAACAUAUGCACUACUUGCACUCCUGGGCCAAUUUUUAAGAUACAGUUCAAAUUUCGGAGAAUGGAAAUACCUCCUACCUUCAAUGUUGACCAUUUAGGCUGCAUAGGUGGCUGUGAUGAGAUCUUACUUGAACUGAUUGAGACCUGUGGUACUGGCUCACGCAAUCCAUCCGCUGCACCAGCUCAGGAGCGACGACGGGUGGUGCCACCCACUAGAAAUCCUCCAGCAAGGAACUCACGGCAAGUACCAUGUACGCACUGCAGACAAGUGGGACAUUCUGCCAGUGAUUGUCCUGCCCUGGUUGGAGGCCCUCCAACAGCUUCAGGUUCAAAUCUUGGGAGAUCAGAAAUCCUAUGCGAUGCAUGUCAAAUGCCUUGUGUGGGGCGGACUGCUAAUACAUCAAGUAACAGAGGGAGGAAAUUUUAUACUUGCCAAUCUAGAGACUGCAAUUUCUUUGUGUGGGAAGACAAUCUCCAGAAUGGUCGUGUUGGUGGAGCAUCACGAAAUUCCAACUCAUCAAACCGUAGCCAAAGAGAUAACCGAGCCGGCAGAGGACGAGGACGGCAGCGAGAACGAAAUGCUGGAGGAAGCUUUGUAAUGGCUACUGGUGAACCUACGGAACGGAGGUGUUUUGUGUGUGGCGACCCUUCUCACUUUGCCAAUGUUUGUCCAAAUAGAGGCUGAUGCCUCAUGAAUGUUAUUUAAUCAACAUUAUUAUGUAAGCCAUUCAACGAAAGCACUCAAAUCUUGUAUAUCCCGUUCUUGAAAUUCGCUUAUCUAUGUUCACAGUGUCGACCUUUCGUCUCUGUCCUCCCCUUUGCCUCUCUCCAAUUGGAUCCUGAAGGCAAAUUUUUGCUGUUGCUGAAUGUGAUCCGAACCUGAUUCCAUGCAUUCUGCUAACCUGAAUUUGAAUUAUUACCUAUUAUGGGAUGCUGCUGCUGAUAGAUCGAUAUGCAUUACUUUUGUUUACC